AUGCCACCCUAUCGUAAAACAUCCAAAUCUCAAUCCUUUCGCAAAAAAAAACAACCUAUUAGAUAUAUCCCGCCUAAUGAAAAGGCAGAGCUUAUUGACAAAACUAUUAUUACUAUUCCUAUAAAAGUCAAUAG